AAAAAGGAAAAAAAUGUAAAUGUAAAAUUUGGUAAUAUUUUCCAUACAAAUUAUUUUCUUUGCUUUGUGAGAUAGAGAGAGUUGGAAUUCCUGUAGAUCUCGGCGAAAUGAAGGUGCUAGGAUGGUGGUUGAUGCUGGUGGGUUCGCUCCGAUUAGCCUCCGUUUGGUUUGGGUUCUUUGACAUAUGGGCAUUGAGGCUCGCCGUCUUCUCGAACGCCACUAUGACUGAAGUUCAUGGAAGGACAUUUGGAGUGUGGACUCUCCUAACUUGUACCCUUUGCAUUCUCUGUGCAUUCAACCUUGAGAAUAAGCCCAUUUAUUUGGCGACAUUUUUGUCAUUCAUCUAUGCCUUGGGGCAUUUCUUAACUGAAUACUUGAUAUAUCAUACCAUGUCCAUUGCAAAUCUUACGACGGUUGGCAUCUUUGCAGGCACAUCAAUAAUAUGGAUGCUGCUCCAGUGGAAUUCACACCAAAGAGUUCACCCCAAACAUUCUUAAUAUGAGUAGAUGCUCAAAUUUAAUCUGUAAACUUAUUUUCUUCGAUCCAGGGCACUGAAUAAACAAAGAACACUAGACUAGCCUCGAAACACCUUCAUCAUCAUUAGACUCUACCCAAUAUGAUUUAACCUGAUUUUGUUGGUUCGGUAUAAUACCAUGCUGAUGAUGACGCUCUUGCAGCUUGUGCUGAAAAUGGAACUAAUUGAGCUGCCAUCACAAAGAAACAAGCCAUUUGCUUUAUGAGGUUUCUUCAUUGUAAUUUUUAGUUUUAAUAGAUUCAUGCCCUCACAAUUUCAUUCCUGUGAAAUCUCUGCCAUGUUCUAUCCCCAUUGCUGCUGCUAUCUUGAUGUCAAUCCCCCUAAACAUCCGUUUAUUUUAACAUCUAAGAGAGAAUUUAACCCUUGUAUUUCUAAUUUGUAUCGGGUAGUGUUAUUAAGAGAAACAGUUUUUGAAUAUGUUGAUAUGGACGGCGAUCAGAGAGUAUCCAUGAUGAACGAAUGAUUUCUCUAAAUAUUGGCUUAAAAGCAAGGAUAUUCCUUCAGUUGUUGUCCUUUAA